AAUGAAAAAAAGAAUUAAUAAAAGAUUCCACGGUGAACAUGACAGCUGAUUCCUCAAUUAUUUGGAUGGUUAAGCCUUGAACAAGCAUUGUUAUAAAAGGUUACCUUCACAUAAACCUUAUAUGAUAAUUAGCUCAUAAUCAUACCUCAUGCAGCAUCAAAGAAGCUACGUCACUCUUAGCAUAUUCUUUUACCUUUUCCCUCAAAGCCUAUAAUUAUAUUCAACCCAAGAGCGUUGCAUUAGGCCAAGUACGAGGACAUUUUCAUUUUCCUGAUCUUCAAUUGUACCAAGAAAUCUGUGAAAUCCAUGACCUUCCAUUGAGUUGGGUGCUGAGAAUAAGAUGGAUAUGAAAAACUCUCUACAGAUAAGUAGAAGUGGUACCGGUGCUUAUGAUGAUGAUGGACAUGCCAAAAGGACAGGAAAUUUAAGGAGUGGUGUGGCUCAUAUCAUUACUGCUGUUAUUGGUUCUGGUGUUUUGUCUCUUGCAUGGAGCACUUCCCAGUUAGGAUGGAUUGGAGGGCCAUUUGCCUUACUUUGUUGUGCAAUUGUCACAUAUAUUUCUUCAUUCCUCCUAUCUGAUUGUUACAGAACUCCUGAUCCUGUCACUGGGAAAAGAAACUACUCUUACAUGGAUGCUGUUAGAGUUUACCUUGGUAAUAAAAGGACAUAUGUAGCUGGGUUCCUUCAAUUUUUGACCUUGUAUGGGACUUGUAUCGCUUAUGUACUUACAACAGCAACUAGUCUGAGUGCAAUUCUGAAAUCAAAUUGUUAUCACAAGAAAGGACAUGAGGCUCCUUGUAAUUAUGGGGGUAAUUUGUAUAUGGCACUAUUCGGACUUGUUCAGAUUCUAAUGUCAUUCAUACCGGAUCUCCACAACAUGGCAUGGGUUUCAGUUGUUGCAGCGCUUAUGUCCUUUACAUACUCAUUCAUUGGACUAGGACUUGGCAUAGCCACAGUCAUACAAAAUGGAACAAUUAUGGGAAGUUUGACAGGAAUACCAACAGAUAAAAUUGCUGACAAAUUCUGGUUAAUCUUCCAAGCACUUGGUGACAUUGCCUUUGCCUAUCCAUACUCCAUUAUCCUUCUUGAGAUACAGGACACUCUAGAGUCUCCUCCACCAGAAAAUCAGACCAUGAAAAAGGCCUCCAUGGUUGCAAUAUUUAUUACAACAUUCUUCUACCUAUGCUGUGGAUGCUUUGGAUAUGCAGCUUUUGGAAAUGAUACUCCCGGAAACCUCUUGACAGGGUUUGGAUUUUUUGAGCCUUAUUGGCUUAUUGACCUUGCUAAUGCUUGCAUCAUUCUUCAUUUGGUGGGAGGAUAUCAGAUUUACAGCCAACCAAUAUAUAGUGCUGCUGAUAGAUGGUGUUCAAGAAAAUUCCCAAACAGUGGCUUUGUGAAUAACUUCUACAAAGUGAAACUACCUUUGCUACCUAGUUUUCAGCUAAAUCUUUGGAGGUUCUGUUUUAGAACAGCCUAUGUGAUUUCAACAACUGGAGUUGCAAUCUUAUUUCCUUACUUCAACCAAGUUCUUGGAGUGUUAGGAGCUGUAAACUUCUGGCCAUUGGCUAUAUAUUUCCCAGUAGAGAUGUACUUUGUACAGAAGAAAAUUGCACCUUGGAGUAGCAAAUGGAUUGUUCUAAGAACAUUCAGCUUUGCUUGUUUUCUUGUAACAGUAAUGGGAUUGGUUGGAUCACUAGAAGGAAUCAUACGUGCGAAAAUUAACUGAAUGGUUUAUGCCAUUCCCUUGAACAAUGCUUACUAUGUUAGAGUUUCUAGAUUGGUUGCAUAAUCUUUUGUAUAAUUCAGUUUAAGGUAGACAGACACAUGUAUGUUCGGAAUCACAUUAAAAAUCUUAUAAACAUGAAUUCAACGCAGAAAUAACUAUUAGCAUCGAAAUAAUCAUGACUUGAUAACAUCUAAACAUGAAUCAAAUAUGCAUAUGUGGAGAGUUAGAUAGAUAAAGGGUACACAUUAAUGUGUCUUGAAAGUGAAUAAGGUGACGCCAUGGAAUAAUACAAGUUUUGUUUGAUGCUGAACUCCCUUCAAAGAAGCGAGUUCUAAUACAUUUGUAGUACAUUUGUAGUUUGUUAUGGAUGUAAUUGUAAUUCUAUUGUAUCAAAAUAUAGAUUGUUAAUUUUUAUAUGGUUAAAUUAAUGUAUAAGUGCUUGAAUUAUUU